AGCAAACAAGACAGCAACACGUUGACUUUUGUCACAUAUACACAUUCACAGGCACUAGACCAGCUGAGUGAAAAGCUAAACCGCAUUUGUAGUGCUUAUCCGAAAAUCACUCAAACCUUAUAACGUUCAAAUUCAAAACAAAAGUUCACCAAAGCUUUAAUUGAUGAAGUGAUCAGUAAAUUUCUGCUUCCUGAUUCAUUUGCAAAGAAGCGAUAUUGUUUUCGUAAGUAAUUGAUAAGCACAUUACGUUGGACUGUGCUACUGUUUACAAAUUAGAAAGUAGCCGUGAUUUUUUCUGUGAUCUCGAGACAUUCAAGGGUUAUUUCAGAACUACUCAAUCGAUAACAUUAAAAUAAUAGCUUCACGAUUUAUUUUAAGAGAAAAAAGACUUUGCUUAUCAAAUGAUUUCCGUUCGAACGGAUGCGCGUAUACCGAGAACAACGCCGGAAGAUUGUUUAAUCAUUGGAUCAACAGAAAUUAGGGAAAUUAGAAAGAAUAAAAAUAAAUGGUUACAAUUUCGUACGCCCAAACUCAUUAUCGUUGAGUCAUUCAAUAAACAAAGAGACGAGGUGGUAAACACAACCAAAAUUACAUUCAUUUUCCUCGUUCAACAGCAAGCAGAGUCUCAUUCUGACUGUCUGAUUUUUAACAGAGAAUUAAACUGAAGGAAGUGGACCGAAUGAUGUAUGCCAUUCAGGAGAUUUAUUGCUGAACAUGUCACGUUGAUUUGCGAACUUUGAGCGAUUGUUAACAAUUUUAAUAUGUGCUUAAUUUUACUAUGUGAUCGACAUACAAACUCGACUUUUUACCACUUGCGACUGAUUCACACAAAGUAUCCACUAGCCUCGACGUUUGUUGUUUUAAUUCUGCCGUUACGACUGCCGAUUUCGUUGUUAUUGUUGUUGUCAACCGUUUUUUUUUCUCUUCUCACAUGUGAUGCGUAUUGUUUUUCACUCAGUUUGUCUGCGUUUCGUAAACAAAGGCAAACAUUUGAUUUACGUAUGGUAACAAAAUUGUGUGAAAAUGGAAUCGACAUUGUUUACAUCGAACAUUCGAAAAACAGGAUUCAGUGACAAGAACAUGAGGCUGAAAUGUGAAUAUUCCGAGAAUGUUCUGAAUUCAAUGCGAUGUUAGCGCACUAAAAUAUUUAAUUUUUUUCCUCUUCACAUCAUAUAUAUCAGAACAAUAGAUUCCGUUGUAUAAGCGCUAAAUGAGACGAUUCUUCAUUUCAUUGUUUUCGAACUGAAAGCGAAAGCCAGAAAGAGAUUGCGAUCUUUUUUUUUCAGUUAUGUUUGCAACAUCCAAAAAAGGAAUGUUAUUGCAUUCAACAUGUCAACAUGUUUUCCGUGCAUAAAUGUUUUUGCGCUCUUUUUCCGUGCGCACAUUUUAGCAUUGCUUUUUUAUUCUGAAUCGAAUAUUUCCAGGGACUUUUUCAUGGAGACAACAUUAAAUUUUCCGCAACAGAUCAGGAAGACGAGUGCGAUGAAUCGGCGACGACGUAUCGCGAAAAAAAGGCAAAUCGCGCUUGAAUACGAUCGAACAAACUUCAUAGCAUAUUAUGUGUGUUGAGAUGAGGCAAAUUUUUUACUUUUCUCAGUAUCGUUUAUCGCACGCUUUAAUAACAGAAACUUGUUUGAGCAUAAUUGCAAUUGAAGCGCACACGCGAGAGUGUCAACAAUAAACAGCAACGGCGACAGCAGUAACGACGACCAAUACGGCGACGAUGGCGGUACAUAUAAUCCACUAACACAAUGCGACAUAUGAGCAUGACUGAUGCCAUAUUUGUAUGAAGAUUAUCGUUGUGAAUUUGGCUGCGAAUUUCACUUAAAAUAAGACUCCAGUACAUUCGAUUAUGCGUAAUCAUGCUAUGUGCGUUGCGAUCAAAAUCAUCCGAAAUCGAAAUAGAAUUGAAUCAUUUGAAUGAAUAAAAAAACAUUAUAUGCCUUUGAGAUGAAUUUUGCGUUGCACGGAAUAUGUAUGUGUCAACAUUUUCGGUUAAAUUAUAACUGGGUUUCAUUGUCAUCGUGACAAAGUUGCAAACAAAUGUGUUGAAUGGUCAAUGUUUUUAUUUGCAAUAUGAGUAUAAGUAUAUCCAACAUCAACAAAGUCUAAGCGUCACACGUGUCAUAUUUCAAGAGCUUGCUUCGUUUACUAUAAGUUGAUGAAUUGCACAUAUGCACAUACGAUGACUUUGUUCACAAUACUCAGAUAAAAUGGGCCGAGUUUGCAUAAAACUUGAAAAUCUUUUCGCAGUUGUUCGCAAAGAAGAAUCAAGUGUAUUGUGACGAAUCAGGUAAAUUGAUUUGAAAUCUUGUUUAUAGAAAAGAGCUCGUAUUAGCUACGAGCAAAACGAAAAAAAAGAGAAGCAAAUGAAGUGAGUUGAAAGAAUGAAGUCGAACCAAGAUGUACAUUGUCUGCCUGCAGAGAUGGAAAUCCGUAGAUCGUUCAUUCCACCGUAGACGUUACACACGCACCUAUGAUCGCGACCAAAGCAUCAAAUUGCAAUGGUUGUAAUGUAUUUACGUGCUUAGCAAUCGCUUCAAAGAAUGGCAACAAUACCAAGCAAUUUGAUGUGAACAAAUAGCAAUUUCCGAACACGAAAAUACGACGACGACGACGACGACGACGAUGGCAAAGAAAAACAUCGUCAGCCAACAGUUGAACGCAACACACACUGCAUAAUACGAAAAAUAGCAAAACAGAGAUUUUUUUUUUAAAUGUGUUGAACGCUUAAUCGAAGCCAGUUCACUUUCGACUGUUUAUCGAGCUACUAUAUACGACGCUGCUAUACGUUAGCGUUCAUUCGCAUACCAUACACUGAAGAGAUACAACACACUUCCAACCGCCAGUUUAAAGCGACGACACAACGCACACAAUUUUUCAAUUAAAUUCCGUUUAGAUCAAUCUUUUAGCGGAUUAUUCAAACGAUUUGCUGCUCUUUUAAUUGUUUUGAAUUUGCAUUUUUUGUCGUCUGUUUGUUGUUUUUUUAUCGGUUCGGUUUUGUUCAACGCGCGUGUGCACUCAAAUCCGAAUCAAAAUCUCACCGGAAAGCUUAUAUCAUAUCGUCACUUUACUUAAAUUACAUUUGCAAACUCUCUCUCUCAUCUAUUGAGGAUAAUUUUCACUGAAUUAACAGCUAACUGAAAACGAGAACACACAUGUAGAAAAAACGAAACGAAAAGAGGAAUAAACGAAAGAAUCUCACGUUGAAACGAAUAUCGAGAGGUGUUUUGUGAUAAAGUUAAAUUCGCAUUUCGCAUUCCGGUUUGAAUAAAAUAAUUUUUUUUAUUCGCAAAAAGAAAGUUACAAAGUGUAAAAAAUUGUUAUAAUAGAGUGAGAAAAAAACACUGAAAACAUCAUCAUUUCCAUCAGAUAUAGUGAACAGGUAAGAGAUGUGACAUUUUGAUCGGGUUAAAUAUGACAACAAAACGUCAUUUUUUAUUUUGUUUUCUUCUUUGGUAAAAAAUCUAAAGUGAGAUUAGUUGUGCAAAAAACACCACAGAUAGAGCAGGCGCGAAGUUCACUCAUUCGAUAUGAGAGAGUGUGUGUUUUGAACAUCAAACAACAAUAUAUAUAUAUAUUCGUAACGCCAAAUACUAUCUAAUUAGGUUACAUAAAAACACUAUUUAAUUGAUUUGUGCGUCUGCGUAAAUAAUGUAUAUAUCAUAUCAAAUAUAGUGUGUACGGUGUGCGUCGAUCGAUCAUACAAUUUAUAUUAUUUCGUUAUGGUUUUUUCUUCUUCUCUUCUUCUCUUCUCACUUAUCGCGGUUUAUUCAACACACAAACUCGCACAGAGAAAGAGAGAGAGAGAGAGAGAGAGAAAGAGAGAGAGAAAGAGAGAGAGAGAGAGAGAGAGAGAGAGAGAGAGAGAGAGAGAGAAAGAUCAGUCAAUGGUGUUUUUGCUCAAAAUGAGAAGCAUACACAUCCAAACCGAUGUGGAAUCUUUUUACGUCCACUUAAUAAAAAAAAUUGAACCAAUCAAACGUAAUUGUGUAAAGUCCGUGAUAACACUAAAAAGCGACCAUAUCAUUACGGGUUGUUCUUUGAACGGACAAAUCGGGCAUUGCGUUUAUAUAAAAAAAAAGUACGCAAAGAAAAGAAAUAGUUGUGGUGAAACAGUGAAAGACGCCUCGCAAUUGUUCGAUCGCGUACACACACGCAAAAAUCAUUUGCAAUUGAAAUUUUCAUGGACUUGGACUGAAUUAUCACAGAAUAUUUUGUGUUUUUUUCUGCUUCUUCUUUUGCCGCUGAUUCCAAAUAUAUUAAACUGAAUGGGUUCCAAGAUUAUCGAGUGUCAUCAUUACAAACGGCCCAUGCAAUUGAUUAUAUAGACAUAAAUACUAGAAGAAAAAAAACUCAUACGUACAAUUCGACUGUUUCAAGAAAAAAAAAGAUUACAGUUAAAGAACAGAUUGAAAACGAAAUUACGAAGUGAUUGUGAAUUGUGGCAUCGAUUGAAUAAUAACUUUUUCUGAAAUUAUUAGUAGUGAUUUGAAAACAAUUGUAAAUAUGUCGAAAGACGUUGAAUUUCAAGAUGUUGUCUAUACCGUUAAAGAGAACUCACAUUCAGUCACUGACUCGAAGAAAAAAUGCCUAUUGCAAGGUGUGAGCGGUGUAUUCAAAAAUGGACAGUUAAGUGCUAUAAUGGGUCCGAGUGGAGCUGGAAAAUCAAGUCUCCUUAAUGCAUUGUCUGGCUUAAGAACGUCUGGUGUUAGCGGAAAUAUAAUCCGAAAUCGGAAAUCGUCAUGCUUUUUGACACAAGAGGAUUAUCACCAGCCAUACCUGAGUGUCAUUGAGCUGAUGCAAAUGGCAUGCAAUCUAAAGUUGAAGCCAGGUGUUGAUCAUGAGUCGGUUAUUGAUGAUAUUUUAAAAAAUUUGAACCUAAAUCAUCGUCGACGUAACUUUGCCAAUCAAUUGAGUGGCGGUGAACGACGGCGCUUAUCAAUCGCACUCGAACUUGUUGCAAACCCAACAAUUUUCUUCCUCGACGAACCCACCUCUGGUUUGGAUGAAGUGACAGCUGCGCAAUGUGUUCGUUUAUUAAAAAAUCUGGCAAAACAAAAUAAAACGGUCGUAUGCACCAUUCAUCAACCGUCAGCAACCACAUUCGCCCUAUUCGAUCAUAUAUUUGUGUUGGCACGCGGUCAAUGCGUCUAUCAGGGUGGACCAACUGUAUUAGUGCCAUUUUUAAGUAAAAUCCAUUUAAAGUGCCCAACGCAUUACAAUCCAUCGGAUUAUAUCAUUGAAUUGUGUGACGGUGACGAUGGUACGAUCGUUUCGGCGCUCUCACGUGAAACACAAAAUGGGAAAUUAGUUUGUUGCCUUGAUACUGCCACCGAAAUACCAAUCAAUCAAAUGUGCCCCGUUGAUGCGCCGAUCAAUAUGAAAAAUGCUGUUACAUCAAUGUUUCUGGAAAAACGAAAAUCGAAGAGUGGCGCUCUGCUGGAGAAAAUGAAGGCUUUAACAAAAUUCAUGCAAAACGAUCAUGCCGUGUCGGGUUUUCGACAAUUCUCCGUUUUAUUUGCCAUAAUGAUGUUGAAAAUUUGGCGCAACAAAUCGGUACUACUCAUUCAACUAUUCCAUCAUGUGUUCUGUGGCGUCAUUUUCGGUAUGAUCUUUUUCAAAGCGGCUAACGACGGUGAACGAAUGUUUGAUCACUUGAAAUUCUGCAUCGGAAUAAUCUUCUUCUUGGCAUAUACACAAAUCAUAGUUCCUAUAUUGGCAUAUCCAAGUGAGGUGAAGCUACUGAAAAAGGAGUGUUUCAAUCGCUGGUACAAUUUGUUGCCAUACUACACUGCACUGACCUUAUCUCGGAUUCCAUUUCAGAUCUUAUUCAAUUUGAUAUUUUUGGCAUUGACCUAUGGAAUGAGCGGAUUACCAGUUGAAUACUUUCGAUUCGGACUCUAUGCUGUCGUUGGUUUGAUUGUAUCGUUUGUGGCUGAAGGUAUGGGCUUGGCUAUUGGUGCAACAUUCAGCAUAACUAACGGAAGUGUUGUUGGGCCGCUAUUAAUUGCACCGUUGCUUGGUUUGGCGAUUUACGGAUUUGAUUUUGCCGCCGAUAUUCCAAUUGUUAUGUAUGCCAUUAUGAAGUUGUCAUUUGUACGCGUUGGUGUGGUAUCGUUGGUGUUAUCUGUCUUUGGAUACGAUCGAGCUCAAUUAGAAUGUAGCGAUGUGUAUUGUCACUUUGAUGACCCAAAAGUAUUGCUACGUUUCCUUCGCAUCGAAAAAGUGUAUCUAUGGAAUGAAAUCGCUUUCCUUGUGAUGUACAUCGUUGUGUUUCGCACAAUUUUGUACUUAUCGUUGAAACGUCGUAUUCUGAGCUAAACACACUGUGCCCCGAAUCACUCUUUACAAAACAUACCAAACACAUUUUAUGCAUUCCAGAGGAGACAUAGCAACUGAAAAAAAUACAACUGAACACAACAACAAUAACACACGAAUCAUUAUUAUAUGCCGAUUGUUUUUUUUUUUGAAGAAGCACAGAUAAUAAUUUGUGUUCCAGAUAUGUAUAUACUGUAGAGUACUGAAAUAUACGUAGCUGUAGUCGUAGAUUUUUAGGCACGCAUGUAUUUAUGAAAUUAUUUUUUUAAUGAUGUAAGAAACAUUCUAUGAUAUUGGGACUUAGAAAUUUAAAACAAUUUUUUUUUCGUUAUAUGUAACAUUCCAAUUAAGAGUGAAGACAAUCCAUUUGCACUAAAAAAAAACUUAAACUCAAAUUAUUGGAAAUGUCAAUUAUUUGCCCGUUUAUUUACAUUUGUCAGUGAAAUAGUGGAAAUACCAAUCACCAUUUAUUGAAGUGUUCGGUUCAUUUAUUGGAAUAUGUCUAUUAAACGCUCAGUAAUUGGCAUUUGUCAAUCGUUUUUGGAUAGGUUUUUUCGUUGUGUGGGUUCUAUUUUUUUUUUUCUUGUUCAUACGAUAUAACCAAAUUGUAAAUGAAUUUUUUUUUUCUAUUUAUUAGAGAGUUAAGCUCAGUGUUGGAGAUUUCUCUAUUUUAAAUAAGCCAAUUUGCUUGCUUUACACAAACACACACACACACUGUGAUAAAAUAAAAACAACAAACAAAUUGUUUUCUCAUUAGAACAAAACGAAUCAUAUUAUUUUUAUACGCAACAAAAUAUUUAAACUAAAUUGAUAAAGUAGCUUAGAUGUAGACAUUUUUUUUCUCUCUUUCAUUUAUACUUUAGAUUUUAGAGUGAAUAAAACAAAUUGCGUCAAUGAA